AUGGAGGCGGAUGAGGAGGAGGCGGCGGGCUCUGAGGCGUCGGUCUACCUGCAGAAAAUUACUAUCACAGACUACUCUAAGGAUGAUUAUCAGUAUGAAGAGGUGUCAGCAGAUGAUGAAUUCAGUCUUCAGGAAGGUGACGAGGAUCUGGCUGAGGCUCUGCAGGCUGUUCAACAGCAGGCUGAAGAUGCUCACAUUUUAGCUUCCAAAGCAGUUCUGACUUCAGAGAAAUCGGUGUCUGAAAUACCUGAAGCGAUGGAUGACUUCUUCUGCAAUUUUCUGGCUGGUCUGGGUAUGUCCAGAACCCUUAACUGCUUCCAAACUGAAUGGUAUGAACUCGUAGAGAGAGGUGUGUUCACAGCCAAAGACAUUGGGUUUGUGCCAGCUGUGUAUACCUGCAACCAGCAACUGAAGGCUGAGAAUAUGCGUUUGAAAGAAGAUUUGGACAACUAUAAACGUGCUGCUAACAAAGCAAAAGAGGCUUUCCUAAAAGUGCAGAAAGAACGUGACUUCCAUAGGAUGCACCAUAAGCGAGUGGUCCAGGAGAAAAACAGGCUCAUAUGUGACAUUAAAAGGCUGAAGGCGCAUUAUGCUUCGUAUGAGCCAGUGCUGAAGCAGCUGACUGAGAAAUACCAGUCUGCACUGAGGCAGAAGAUGUUAACUGGUUUGGAGAGGGACAGAGCGGUUGGGCAGGUUACAGGUUUACAAGCUGUAUUACAUAAUUUAGAGUCCGGAUGUGCAAUUCAGAUUCCUGCAAAAAAAGCUGGCCAUGAAUGUGAAAGGAAGAAGGGUUUGGAAGGUUCCACUCAGAAAGCUCUUCAGGAGGCAAGGCAGCAAAAAAUGCUUGAUGCUGGUCCGGUUCAAGAUUCAGAGAAGAGGAGAUAUCCAAAGGAUUCGGAGUUCCCUGUUGAUGUUCAAGUGAACUCAUACCUUGCUCGUGCCAAAGAGUACAGUCGACCCCUGAAACAUGGAACGUAUAAACUGGAAAGCACUUUAAAACUGCAUGUCUCAGCAGUGAGCUGCUUGGCCUCGCAUCCCCUGAAAGACACAGUAGUCACUGGCAGUGAUGACUGCCUCUGGAAAAUGUGGGCUUUUCCUGAUUGGAACAUCAUCAUGGUGGGUGAAGGUCACACUGAUUGGGUUUCAGGCUGCUGCUUCCAUCCAAGUGGCACUCAGCUGGUCACUUCAAGUGGGGAUGCAACAGUACGGAUAUGGGACCUCUCAAAAGGGGGAUGCGUUCUGACUUUCAAAGGACAUGCCCAAGCUGUGUGGGACUGCUCGUGGCAUUCCUGUGGUGAUUUUGUGGCUUCUGCCUCUAAGGACAACACAAGUAAAAUAUGGGACGUCAACAGUGAGAGAUGCAGAUAUACCUUGCGUGGCCAUAAAGACUCAGUCAGUAGCAUUGAAUUUUUUCCAUUCUCCAACACUGUUCUCACAAGCUCUGCUGACAAGACUUUAUCUCUCUGGGAUGCCAGAACGGGUCUCCGUGUUUGUACGUUCUAUGGUCACCUGCACUCCUGCAAUCAUGCUGUAUUCAGCCUGGAGAGCAGCACGGUUGCUUCCUGUGAUUCCGGUGGCGUGCUGAAGCUGUGGGAUGUGCGGCAGGCGCUCCCCAUCCUGUCUGUGGAUACAGGUCCCCGUUCCGCCAACCAGGUCGCCUUCAGUCACUCUGGUCGCACCGUGGCCGUGGCGAGCAGCGAUGGGGCUGUGAAGAUUGUGCAGCCGGAGCUGGGCCAGCUCCAUAGCCUGCGGGGCCAGGGUGAGACAGAAGUGCAGAGCGUGGCCUUCCAUCGCCCAGUGGAGCUGCUGCUCUCGGGGGCUGCCGACGGCACUGUCUGUGUCUGGGUCUAAGGAUGAGCCUCCAGGUGUUUCGUGGGAAGAACAGCGUAGCAGAGAGGGCUUAGCGAAGCGUUUCCAUAGUUAAUACUGUUUGCAGGAGGCAUAGUUGCUCGAGAGGAGUGUUACCUUGCGUUUUAACCCAAUAAAAGCCCCGGUUUGGCUUUCUUUACGCUGUUUUCCCCAGCAUCCAGCAUCCCUCAUUCGGUCGCUCGGGCAGAAAUAGCUUUACAAUGACGCCUAAUGACAGAGCAGCCGAAUUGCAGGGAGAUCGAUUGUGAGCGUAUCGCAGCGGAGCCACCAGCGCACGGCUCCCCAGUUCCAGCCUGCGGGAAGACGGGAAGUUUUAAUAAUGCAGCAAGGUGGGAUUUUGGAUGCAGCAACCGCUCGGGCCGCCGCCGGGGCAGGAAGGAGGCCGA